AUGGCUGGCGGGGCGCGUUCUCCCUUGGUGACCGCGGCGGGCGAGAGUAGCGAAAGCGACGACGACGGCUGGGAUAUCGGGGUCGUGUCCAAAGCGUCGCCUCAGAAGCAGCAUCUAGAUGAAACAUUGCAUAUAGAUGAAAAAGAGAAGGCUUUGAAAAAAGCGUUGAUGGACGGAAACUUGUCCGUCAUUGAAGAACUCCUAGAUUUAGGUGUAAAUGUAGAAUCUACCUUUAAGUUUGGAUGGACUCCCCUGAUGUAUGCUGCAAGUGUUGCGAAUGUGGAACUCAUGCAUAUCCUUCUGCGCAGAGGUGCAGAUGCAAGCUUUGAUAAGGAUCAGUAUACAGUAUUGAUGGCUGCGUGUACUGCACAUGCUUCAGAAGAUCAGAUUUUAAAGAGCGUAGAACUGCUUCUUUCAAGAAAUGCUAAUCCUAAUGCCGCAUGCAGGAAGAAAAUGAUUCCACUAAUGUAUGCAGCCCGUGAAGGCCACCCUAAAAUCGUUGCUCUUCUCGUUGCUCAUGGAUCAGAAAUAAAUGUCCAGGAUGAAAGCGGUUACACUGCAUUAACAUGGGCAGCACGACAGGGACAUAAAAAAGUAGUGUUCAAGUUGCUUGAACUUGGAGCUGAUAAAUCAAUACAAACAAAAGAUGGACAGACACCAGGAGAAAUUGCAAAGAACAACAAGCAUUCAGAGCUUUUCAGUUUACUUUCUUUGACAGCAAAUCCUUUCCAAGGAAAGUUCCAGGACCUAACUAAAGAAGAAUCUAUUCGCAGACUUUUAAAAUCAGUGCCUGAUGCAGUUAGAAAAAAUAAAAAUAGUUCUUAUGCAGCUUUUGGUGACCUGGAAGUGUUUUUACAUGGACUUGAGCUAGAACAUAUAACAGAGGUACUGAAGGAGAGAGGGAUAGCUUUAAGACAGCUUUUGACGAUGGGAAAAGACGACUUUAAACAGAUUGGGAUUAUGAAUACUAGAGAUCAACAAAAAAUCUUAGAUGCUGCUAAAGAACUUCAGGUAGAAGAAGUCAAAUUGGGAGAGUUGUCUGGAGUGAUAAACUUGGAAUUCAGUGGUGAUGAGUUUCUUUCUUUUCUCAUGAAACUAAACAGACAAUGUAUUCAUCUUACAACUGCUGUGCAGGGUGCGGUUAAUCAGUUCCCUACAAAUGCUCAAAAGUUGGUUCUUGAAUGGAGUCCACCUGAAAGCCUUGCUAAAAUUUGUGAAGACCUUAUUUCCAGUGCUGAAGAUCUGAAUGGAGAAGCUAACAAAUUAAAAACACUAAUGCAAAAGCUACAUACAGGACAGAGUGAUGAUCCUUGCCGAAUACAACCUCUGGUGGAAAAAGGCCGAUGGAAGAUGACUUUUUUAAAAACGGCAGCACUAACCUUGGUUGGGUCUGGAUGUUUCUUCUUUAUCGGCAUGUUAACUUUAAGAAAGAGCCGAGUUGGAAUUAUGCUUUAGAACGUCUUUUCCAAUAUCUAGAACUAGGGAUUAAAAUAAUCUUAAUGACUUAUAUUUGCUUUACUGGUU